GCGCUCGGGGUGGGUGGACGCCGCUUUGUUGCCCGAGGGGGUGGCGGUGGAAGUUCUGGGGGUCCGCGGCGGGGGGGCGGGCUAGCGCUUCUCGGGACCCGCCUACGCAGCCGCCGCGGACGCUUCGCCUGGUCGCCUGGAGCCCCGGACUCGCGGCGACCGCAGCCAUGAGCGGCGGCGUGUACGGGGGAGAUGAAGUUGGAGCCCUUGUUUUUGACAUUGGAUCCUAUACUGUGAGAGCUGGUUAUGCUGGUGAAGAUUGCCCCAAGGUGGAUUUCCCCACGGCUAUAGGUGUGGUAGUAGACAGAGACGAUGGAAGCACGUUGAUGGAAAUCGAUGGUGAUAAAGGCAAGCAAGGUGGUCCCACAUAUUACAUAGACACCAACGCCCUGCGUGUGCCAAGGGAGAAUGCGGAGGCCAUUUCACCACUGAAAAAUGGAAUGGUUGAAGACUGGGACAGUUUCCAGGCCAUUUUGGAUCAUACCUACAAGAUGCAUGUCAAGUCAGAAGCCAGCCUGCAUCCCGUUCUCAUGUCAGAAGCACCGUGGAAUACUAGAGCAAAGAGAGAGAAGCUGACAGAGUUGAUGUUCGAACACUACAACAUCCCUGCAUUCUUCUUGUGCAAAACGGCAGUUCUGACAGCGUUUGCUAACGGUCGUUCUACUGGGCUGAUUUUGGACAGUGGAGCCACUCAUACCACUGCAAUCCCGGUCCAUGAUGGCUAUGUGCUUCAGCAAGGAAUUGUGAAAUCACCUCUUGCUGGAGACUUUAUUACUAUGCAGUGCAGAGAACUUUUCCAGGAAAUGAACAUAGAACUGAUUCCUCCCUAUAUGAUUGCCUCAAAAGAAGCUGUUCGUGAAGGAUCUCCAGCAAACUGGAAAAGAAAAGAGAAGUUGCCACAGGUUACAAGGUCUUGGCACAAUUACAUGUGUAAUUGUGUUAUCCAGGAUUUUCAAGCUUCAGUACUUCAAGUAUCAGAUUCAACUUACGAUGAACAAGUAGCUGCACAGAUGCCCACUGUCCAUUAUGAGUUCCCCAAUGGCUACAACUGUGAUUUUGGUGCAGAACGGUUGAAGAUUCCUGAGGGAUUAUUUGACCCUUCCAAUGUAAAGGGAUUAUCAGGAAACACCAUGCUGGGCGUCAGUCACGUGGUCACUACAAGUGUUGGGAUGUGCGACAUUGAUAUCAGACCAGGUCUCUAUGGCAGUGUGAUCGUGGCGGGAGGAAACACCCUGAUCCAGAGCUUCACCGACAGACUGAACCGAGAGCUCUCCCAGAAAACCCCUCCGAGUAUGCGGUUGAAAUUGAUUGCAAAUAACACAACAGUGGAACGAAGGUUUAGUUCGUGGAUUGGUGGUUCCAUUCUAGCUUCUUUGGGUACCUUUCAGCAGAUGUGGAUUUCCAAACAAGAAUAUGAAGAAGGAGGGAAGCAGUGUGUCGAGAGAAAAUGCCCUUGAGGAUCCCAAAUCUCUCCCUUCCUGUGUCACCUUACGUUUCAUAGCUUUAGUAUACUC